AUGAACUUCGUAAGAGAAAAAAAUACUCCUUUGAUGGAGCAAUAUUUGAACCUAAAAGCUCAAUAUCAGGAUCAUCUGUUAUUUUAUAGGCUGGGAGAUUUUUAUGAGUUGUUUUUUGAUGAUGCUAUUAAAGCUGCGAAGUUGCUGAAUAUAGUACUAACUAAGAGAGGUAAUUUGUAUGGGCAAGAGGUACCAAUGUGUGGAGUUCCAGCGCAUAGUAGUGAAUCUUACCUUCAUAAGUUAAUAGAUUUAGGAUUCAAAGUAGCAAUCUGCGAUCAGUUAGAAACUGCUGAUGAAGCAAAAAGCAGGGGCUAUAAAUCUAUAGUAAAACGUGAUGUAGUGCAAAUUGUAACUCCAGGAACAGUUGUUGAAGAUUCGCUAUUAGAGGAUAAAAACAGCAAUUAUCUUGCGUCCAUAGUUAAACAAAAUGGGGAGUAUGCUAUUGGCUGGCUUGAAUUAUCAACAGGAUGCAUGUUUUACACGAGGGUUUUUGUGUUUGCAAACAUAUCUACCAUGUAA